GGAUGGAUGGCGUGUGCGGCUGGAGGCGGCUCGCAAGGGGCGCGGUGGAGAUGCGACCCCGCGCAGGAGCCCUCCUCGCCUCCCGUCCUCCUCCUACCCGCCGAGACGCUGCUGUGAUGCGGGCCAGCUAGACUCGUGUAGAAGAAGCACAGGCGAAACAAGGAGAAGCCGGCGGAGACAACCGGAGGCGCGCAGGCGGCCGAGCCAAUCCACCUCGAUGUUGGCAAAAUCACCAGCAUUGCCUUUAGUGACUGCGGAUACUACUGCAUUUCGCUUCUGUACUACUGGCAAUAUCUUGAGUCCACCGGUUGUGAAACUCUCUCACAAUAAAUGCCAAGGAAGAUUGAAUGUCCAGCAAAACAUUGAUCUUGGUAAACCUCAAGAUGCGACUCGGAAAUGGCGGGUGCUAUCAGCUGAUCAAGCUCAAGCUUCUGUCGUAGAUGUUGAUGAAGAGUGCAAACAGGUGCUCACUUCACUAAAUUUCUCCACUGAAGAUGCUGAGAAGAUGCUGAAGAAGGCAUUUGGAUGGAUCCACUCGCCGUAUUGGAGCGAAGAGAGAAAGAAAGAGGUUCCAAGUGCUGAGGUGGUAACUGGAGUAUUAGACUACAUCAGGAGUCUUGGGCUAUCUGAUGAAGACCUUCACAAGUUGCUGAAGAAAUUUCCAGAAGUUCUUGGUUGUGAUCUUGACAGGGAGGUGAAGCUGAAUGUGAGCAAGCUGGACAGUGAGUGGGGAAUAAAUGGGAAAACUUUGCGGAGUCUUCUCCUGAGAAAUCCAAAAGUUUUGGGCUACAAUAUUGAUUGCAGAGGGGAUUGCAUGGCACAGUGCACCCGUUGUUGGGUUAGGUUCUAAUGUUCCAUUCUACAUGACUACAUCACUAUACAGAAAUCCCAGAGGGCAUUCUGCUGGCUGUGAAGAAAUGCAGAUGGCAUUUUACUGGCCAUUUUUCUGUAAACUAGCACCUGCCAAAUACAAAUGCAUAUCCGUAGUUGAUGGAUAGACACUUGUUACUUCAUGAAUGCAUAUUCAAGAGCCAUACUGUCGGUAAAAAAGUUGCAAUAAAUAUGACGAUACCUGAAUGAUCACUGAUUCGUUUCAGCCAUUUUUCAUUUGUUCUGUUCUGGAUUGCUGUUAUCAUCAGAGUAGUUUAGUUGUCUUAUAUGAGGUUCUAUCAUUGUGUUUUGAUGCAUCCACCAUUAUCCUGACAUGUUUCCAGUGAUAAAGGUGAAAAAUGCAGAGUGUGAUAAACUAGACCUGGGUUAAUUGCUCCACUGAAGAUGCUGAGAAGAUGUUGAAAAAGACAUUUGGAUGGAUCCACUCGCCAUAUUGGAGUGAAAAGGAUGAGGUUCCAAAUGCUGAGUUGGUAACUUGAGUAUUGAACUAUACAAGGAGUCUCGUGCUAUCUGAUGAAGUCCUUCACAGGUUGCUGAAGAAAUUUCCAGGAAGUUCUUGGGUGUGAUCUUGACAGCGAGGUGAAGCUGAAAGUGAGCAAGCUGGACAGUGACCGUGAAAUAAUGAUUGCAGAUUGCAUGUCACAGUGUGUUCAUUGUUGGGUUUGGUUAUAAAUGUUCUGUUCUAUAUGACAACGUUAUUGUUCAGAAACUUCCGAGGACAUUUUGUUGGUGUGAAAAUUUGGAUGACAUUUCACUGAGUUUUUUAUAUCUAUAAACUAGCACCUGGCAAAUAUAGAAACACAUUUGUAAUUGAUGGAUGUACCCUAUUUAGUUCAUGUACUCUACAUAUUCAAGUGUCAAACCAUACUGGCUGUAGAAGAGUUGCAAAAACAUAUGCCCAGUACCUGAAUGAUCUGUCAUAGUUCAAUCA